AACAUAUUAUACGCCCUUAGUAUGAGACGAAAUAUUUCAGCAACUAUUCUUGCGUAUAUCAAAAUUGUACUCAACGGUUUUCAUUAGUUGUUUGAAGUCUUUAAGAGAGGAUAAGUUUUCAUUCUCUGUGUGGGAUAAAUUGUGUUUGCACUGUUGGUACUGAACGCAUGGUGCGCUUUUUGCGCUCUGCGCUGCCGCCGUGGAAUGUGUUGUCUUUUGUGUUGAUUCUUGAAACUAUCUUCAUUUCUGUAACGAAUACUUGAUUUUAAAUCUUUUGCCAAAAUGUCUACAAUAUUGGAUAAAAUUGCUGCCAUCGAGGCCGAGAUGGCAAGAACUCAGAAAAAUAAAGCUACUGCUGGCCAUCUUGGUCUUUUGAAAGCAAGGCUUGCCAAACUUCGGCGUGAACUUAUUACUCCCAAAGGCGGCGGCGGAGGCCCUGGUGAUGGAUUUGAUGUUGCCAAGACUGGUGAUGCUCGCAUAGGAUUUGUUGGUUUUCCAUCAGUAGGAAAGUCUACUCUCUUGAGUACACUUGCUGGAGUGUACUCAGAAGUCGCAGCAUAUGAAUUUACAACCCUGACUACUGUGCCAGGAUGUAUUAAAUACAAGGGCGCUAAAAUUCAGUUACUUGAUCUACCUGGAAUUAUUGAAGGCGCCAAGGAUGGAAAAGGUCGUGGUCGUCAAGUUAUUGCUGUAGCACGGACCUGCAGCUUAAUCUUCAUUGUACUUGAUGUACUGAAACCUUUAAAACACAAAAAACUCAUUGAGCAUGAGUUAGAAGGAUUUGGACUGAGACUUAAUAAGGAUCCCCCAAAUAUAGUUUUCAGGAGAAAAGACAAGGGUGGAAUCAACUUGCAAACAAUGUGUACUCAAUCUGAGCUGGACUUGGAUACUGUAAGAACCAUUUUGUCUGAGUACAAAAUUCACAAUGCUGAUAUCACUCUAAGGUAUGAUGCCACAAGUGAUGAUCUUAUUGAUGUUGUUGAGGGAAACAGAAUUUAUGUGCCUUGCAUCUAUUUACUCAACAAAAUAGAUCAAAUCAGCAUUGAGGAAUUGGAUAUCAUCUAUAAAAUUCCUCACUGUGUGCCAAUAUCAGCCCAUCAUCGCUGGAACUUUGAUGACCUCCUUGAAAAGAUGUGGCUGUAUCUUAAACUGGCUCGAAUCUACACCAAGCCAAAAGGACAACUUCCUGACUAUGAAUCACCUGUGGUUCUUCAUUCUGAGAAGUUGAGUGUUGAAGAUUUUUGCAACAAACUUCAUCGAACCAUAGCAAAAGAGUUCAAAUACGCACUUGUGUGGGGAUCAUCUGUGAAACACCAGCCUCAAAAAGUAGGAAAAGAGCAUGUGCUUGCUGAUGAGGAUGUUGUCCAGAUUGUCAAGAAGGUGUAACCAAAAUGUUUGUAUGUUUGUGAGUGGAAUGUUGAUAAUUAUUUUUAAUAAGCUUUGGGAUUUAUAAAUUUGGUAAAUCUAAUAAGAUCAAUUAAUUCUUUGCAAUUACUGGAGAUGGUUUACAUGAUUUGCAUUGCAGAAAAAUACACAAAUGAAAUGAAA